CAUACCUACUUGCGUUAAGCGAGAAAAUCGUCCACCACACAUCACCAAAUGUUGGAUUCAACCAAUGUUGGUGGGCUUAGUUUUUUAAAAGAAACAGAGAGAGAUGGUCAGAUAAUGCAGUGAAUGAGAAUGGCAAUGGCAACAGCUGGAAGGAGAAUUGGUUGGAACGUAUUGAAGGGUAUCGCCACCAGACAUAGGCAUGGUGCAAGAAUUAUUUCUAGUUUCUGUGCUGGGAAUAUGCACAAGCUUCCUUGUAAAUCUGAGUUUAAGUCUAUUAAAAGAGGGUUGGCAGCGAUGGGAAUGGAGGGAGAGACGAUUGCUAAACGAUGGAUGUCAUGCUGUUCUCGAUUGGAUGCUCCUCCUCCUCGUCAGGUCAUGAUUGAGUAUAGUGAAGAAGGAGAUAACACAGAUUAUUUCAUUCAGAUAGCAGAUGCAAUAGAGGAAGCUUACCCUGAGGUAGUAGUUCUUGGAAACCCAGAAGACAUGCUAUCCAGGAAGGGCUCAUUUGAGGUUACUAUGGAUGGCCAACUGCUGUUUUCUAAGCUAAAAGAAAACCGUUUACCAAAUAUCAAGGAGAUCCUAGUUGCAAUUGAUGCUUUGCCUCUUCCCUGCCAACAGGAAGUUUGCUCAUCAGCUUAAUUAGCAUUCAGAUAGUGGCUUGUAGGCUGUACUUAUACUUUUAUGAAGUGCAUCAUGGCUAAACUGAUGAUGAUAGAUAUCAAUUUGUAAAUUAUGAUUAUAUACCUGUAAAGGUAUCUACUAAUGAAAUAUACAACUCCUAUCUAUAGAACAAAUGAAUAUCUUUUUAAUUGCA